UUCAAAUGUGACUCUAAGGGCCAACGCCACUGAUCUAGUGGAAUUGAACGACACUGCCAUGUUCACCUGCUCUGUCUCGUCUGGCACGUCCCUCUCCUACCGCUGGCUGAAUGUCAGCUCAGAGGUCACAGCCAGUGACAGAGUUUGGCUUGGUGGUGGGAACAGCACUCUCACCAUAAUCAGUGUGACACGAUAUGAUGAAGGGCCGUUCAGAUGUGAUGUCAUCAAUGGAAUCAGCAAUGGCACCAGCCAGCCCAUUGGCCUCAAUGUUAGAUAUGGCCCAAGUAACCUCACCAUGAUGGUAGUUCCUGAGAUGAUCAUAGGACAUACAGCCUACAAGACGGGAUCUGACAUCACUCUGUCCUGCUCCGCUCAGUCCAAACCCGCUGUGUCCUACAAGUGGAGGUUUAAUGGGACGUUCCUCAACGAGCAAAGCCCACAGCUCAGCCUGCAGAACACGAAGGCGAACCAGACAGGAAGAUACUCCUGCUUAGCCUACAACUAUGUCACAAUCCAAUUUGCCAAUAUAAACACAAUGAUAAAGAUUGUGGAGCCGAUAUCAGCGGUUUCGUUGAACCGCGAUGGGAAGCCACCGAUACUGGAUCAGUCGUUCACUCUGCGGUGUGAGGUGACUGGACCUGUAGACUACAUUCACUGGUUGAUGAAUGGCCAGCUCAUCUCCCUAAAUAACAGAACAUUCUUCUCUACGGGCAACAACACAAUGGUUAUCAAUCCAAUCCAGUUGUCUGACAAUGGAGAAUAUCUCUGUGAGGCCUUUAAUGCUGUCAGCAACCUGACCAGCAUGACUUUCAAGCUUGUGGUAAACUGUGAGUAUUACAAGAGCUGGUCAUCUUUGUCUGAUAAAAACAAUUCAGUGGCCUUGUAG